AUGCCCCCCAAAGCCACUUACAAGGUAAUCCGCGAGACCAGCAAACCCAGCUCGACAUGGUAUCCCAACGCCGAACGAUACUCGUAUGAGGAUGUUAUCGGUACAUACCCAACUUUCAAAGCGGCCAAGUCGGUUGCCGAGACCAAUCUAUCCGAAGAAUGGGAAGAGAACGUAUCUUUCUGGGUGAAAUCGGUAGAAGAGAAGAAAGAUUAUUAUGAGAUGAAAGCUACUUUCCAGGAAGGUGAAACAAUGAGGGUCUAUACUGUCAAAGAGCAAGUGGAGAAAGAAGAUCCUUCAGGUACCAAGACAGCGAAAGCUACAUCGUCUGCGAAAGCGAAACAAACUGUUAUGAAGCCACGACCACAAAUCGAAGCGAAAGCGAAAGGGAAGUCUACAGCCAAAUCUGGUUCGACGUCCAAGACGUCUGUCAUUGGUAGACAGACUUCCACCAGAACCAAGCAAACUGCCAAGCUAGGUGGGAGAACUAAGAAAUAG